GAUCUCUCUAUUAAUGAAAAAUGACUCGGACUUUCUUGUCGUGGUCCAUGAUACCAUAUAGGGGUGUAGUUUAUCGACAAGUGCAUGAUUAAUGAAGACGAAAUGUUUUAUAGACUAGCGAAAUGACCAAAUACGACCCACAAGUGAAGGUCGCGAGGAGGAAGAUGGAGCCCCCGUGGAUGGAACAGGUCUGCGUGACGUCAGAGCUCAUAUACAAAUACCAAAUAACGACGAAGCCCAUGGAGGACAUACUCAAAUCGGACAAGCAGAAAAUUUGUGAACUGUCACAGCCCUCGCUGGUGAACGAGCAGCUGGGCCAGCUGUAUCUGGACCUACAGCUGGAGGGUGUCGCUGCCCGACUAACCCUGGAGGAGGGCAUCACCAGCUCGAGCAGCUCCGGGGAGGAAGCCUCCACUUCCAGCAAGAUCAAGCACACCCGAAGGAAGCGCAAAUACAGUAAACUAGUGAUGAUUUACGAAGAGAACGCUCCGAUACCUCCACCCGGUGAUGACGCGGUGUCAGUGUCAAGCCGCUCGAUGACGUAAGAUUAGUGCAGUAACUCGGUACAAUGAAUGGUGAACAUGCGGACAAUGGAUUUAAGACAUUAAUCGCAUUUGUGUUAAGUGGCUUUUAGGUUAAUCCGCGUUUGCAUCUCGAAUUCGAUGGAAGACUGAUCCGUCGUAAACUGCAGUUUUGCUUUUACCAACAGUUGUUAUAAAAGGUUAUUUGCCAUUUAGAGUGCUCACUUGCAUUAGUUUUGAUCGUUGUCACUAUUUCAGUCAACCAUUAUGUUUAGUUUAUAUGCUCGGUGAUAGUGUUGUCUUGAACUAUGCAUUUAUUACUGGACACAAAUAUUGUUUCUGUAUUUUAGGUGUAAGACAGCACGACAUUAAGAUAUCGCACGUUUUUUGACGCAUGCGCGAUUAAUUGGAGUUCGAUUCAUACGUUGUCAUUCUACGCGGAUGUAGCGUAUGAAUUCCGCACGGAUAUAUUCCGCUGUGCGUUAUUUUUGACGCGCGAUAAUUCCAUUUUUUUUUUAAUAGUAACGCGACUGACCAUUUUAUAAUGAGGCACAAUAUAAUUAAUUGUGACCGUUGGUACAUACGUACGCACCAACAUGUUUUGUUGUUGGUGUUGUAUGUAGACGAACUGUUCAUUAUUGCCGUAUGUAUUUUGAUAGUCGCUGCCUAUCCCUUAAAGGCGUUUCCGCAUAGUGAUUCGAUAUACUUGAUACAUCAGUUUUAGAUAUUACUAUAUCAACAUAUACACAUACAUAAUAUUAUGUAAUUAAGUGUAUUAAUUAUAAUGUAAAUAAUAUACCUCUCGAAAGUAACAGUUUAAUAUUUUUUACUAUUCAUGACUAAGACUGGAUAUUUUGAGUAAUAUGAAAAUUCUGGAGAAUAAAUGACUACUAAAAAAACCAUUAAACGUUGCUUCUCUUCAGUGGAACGACGCAAUCGUUCGGAAAGCAUUUUUUUUAUAAUCUUGAAAUAUUACUGGUCAUAUAACUUGUAUGCCCGGUAAUAUUUCAAGAUUUCACUUACGACUAUUAAAAGCAUUGAUUUCAGAAUGAAGACUUUACUUUCGAUAUUGUGUUCAUAGUUUCUAUUACUGUUAAGUAUUUUAAGUUUGAGGUACCCAAAGUGGAUGUUCUAAGUUAAGCGAGCUUUGUAUAUAUUUGAUGCAUUGUGACCUAUUUAGUUUUAAUUAUAAUUUGUUAACGGCCAACAUGUUCAUUAAUAAUUCCAAAUUAUGAUGAAAUUUUAAAAUAAUACAAAACGUAAGUGGCUAUAUGUUAUUGUUAUUUUUUAUACAUUUCGCUGGCUUAAUAUGACAAGGUUUUAUGUUAAUUUGUACUUGAGUUGUUAUAUUGAGAUCUAAUAUUUUCAUGUCGGAAACAAAAUUGAAAGAACAAUAAUUAAUGCAUCCUCUUCAUUUACCUCUCGGUAUUAUGAUUUAUUGUUAUUUGCAUAUAUAUGGGUUUUUUCUACUCAAUAUCAGCUCGAAGUCUGGAAUUUGCAUCCGAUAUGGCGAUAGGCUCGCCCCCUAUCACAUCAUGGGACGGAACACACUGGGCGAAAAGUGGGUGUCCUGGUUGUACCUCUGCAUACCCCUUUCGGGAAGAAAUACGUGUUUGUUUUGUUUUCAAUUUGCAUAUUAAAUAUAACACAGAGACCUUGUUAGUGGGCCAGCGGUUUUCAAAAUGUUUCUAUUGUAAAUUGAAAAUGUAUUUGUUUAAAGCUGUGUGCAAUAACGGCCUAAUUUCGUCAAGAUUAUAAUGAUCUACUUUUCUAAGCAAAUGUGCGAUUAACGGGUAAUUGAAUUAAAUAAAAUUUUGCGAACUAAAAAAAUUGAGGUUCUUAGAAACUCAUUUUAUAUGUUCUUUUUGGUAUCGAGGCGUUUAUUGAUUAAAUUAAUGAUGCCUCGUUGUCUCUGAUUAAUACGCCUUGGAAAAUAGAGUGGGUUCGAUUCCCACGUCGGGAUGCAAAGCUUGUUAUGGAAUCUUAAUCCCGCACUUAUAUCACAAAAUUUAAUGUUGGCUCAGGAGAAUAUUAAGCAUUAAUUUUGGAUGUAUUUUUAGAAAGUAAACAUAAAGGUUCUCCCACACAUUUGUUAUGGUUUGAUAUAUAACGCUGUAAAAUAUAACAAUUUUACAGUGUUAUACGCUCCCCAAUAAGUAACAACGUAUGACAAAAUGAAUGAAAAGUUUAGUUUUACCCUACGGUCUUCAUACUAGGCAGGCAGUUUUAUAACACCGUAUAGAAUGUUGUAAAACAUUGUAUAACAUAUUGUACAUCUAAUAAUAUGUCGGUAUUUCGUAUACGAAAAUUAAUAAAUGUUUUAAUUUGCUAUGUUUAUAUAUAAAUUGCAACAUUGUUGUAUUGAAAUGUUUUAUAAUGGGUUAACAAUGCAUAUUUUGUUAUGAUUGCGAAAAAAUGUUUAAAAAAUCGCCGGCUUACCAAGGUCCUAUGUUCAUUUUAUCUUUAUUACAAAAAUGAGAUAAAAAACGGUCAUGUUAUAACAUUAAUUCAUAAUUCCAUUUUAAUUUUUUUCGGGAUUAUUGGGAAAUAUAUCAGGAAAGAUCUAGAAUCAUGUAUAAAAGAUAAGAUAGAACCUUGGAAUACUGAGCCAGCGGAAUGUAUUAAACAUUGUACAUCGCACGUGUGGGAGCACCUUAGUACUAACUGCCGUUUUCAAUAAACGAUCUCAUUCUGAAACUUCCAUUCGAUCCCGAUAAAUAAUUCAAAAUAUAAUUUCAAAUUUGUAUAAUAAAACCCUUUGUUCUGAUUGGUCAAUUGGUGACGGAUCGAAAAAGCGAUUGUGGACGUUCAUUGAAAUCGUUAGACAGAAGGCGUAUGUGCCGGCGCAUAUAUCUGAGCACAGCGCAGAUAUUUUUUACUGUCAAACUAUUAUCGACAUUGCCUUCAUUGACAUUGUAUUCAAAAUCAAUUGGCACAACAAAGUUAUGAAAUUUAUUCUUGUGUUAAUAGAUUUUGAACAUUAUUUCAAUUAAGACAAUGUCGAUAAUAGUUUCACUGUAAAAUUCUCUGUGCCGCGCUCCGCCAUGUGCGCAGGCUCUAAACAGUAGAUGAAGUCACCAGCUUCAAGCUAAAGAUAUAGAGUAUGUUAUAUUCAAUAUAGAUAUUAAUGAGACAUUUUUGAGUCCCUUUAGGUGCAAAAUAUCUUGUCAGUAAUAAUAAAACUAGCGCAAAGCCCGUAAAGAUCUCUACUAGACCUAGUAUUUGUUUCACAAUGAUUGAGUUACUUGUAACGAGUAUAAAGUUUGGAACGUAUGUGACAUAGACAGAGAUUAUAGACGCAGUGCAGUUGCCAUAGUUGUCGUUCCGUACAAUCAGCUACAAAAGUAGAUGAGUAAAUUUAAAAAAUAUCAAAUCGCCUUUAAACUUUUGUCUCCGUAACAAUCGUUUUCUCUUCACUAAAAUUAGCGUCUGAGUGUUUCAAAUUUCAGCUACUUUUGUGGUUGACUGUACAUCGUUUCAAAGGAAAAUAAUGUUUGCAUUAGUGGUUUAGUGUUGGAGUUGAUUUUUUAAUUAUGAUAUAUAUGUUAUCCGUUAUAAGUAAAAGUGAGCGGUUGUUAUUAUCUGUUCAUGUUACAGCAAUACCCUGAUUAGAAAAACGCUCGCCAUCUUGCGGGUAAAUAUGGAACUAAUUUCUUGUACUGACAAUUUUAUUGUAGCGUUAAAACGAAAAGCUAAAGUGGCGCCCUCAAAGCAGCUGUUUAUUUUCCUAAUCAGGCUAUAAAUUUAUUCAUGUCAUUUGUAUGUCUUUGAAUGAGUUAUACGGUGAUUGAAAAAUCAACCCUGAUGCCACUAAUCAUAAAAAAAAUUAUAUAUAUUUUUAAACCGCCGCGUUUCAAUAUUCUUAUAUGAAAGAUCUUGAUUUCUUUACUGUUUUCUGUGUGUUGUAUAGCCCUCGUCGUGAUAUUAUGAAGCUUAGCUUAACUAAACAAAAAAACGAAUUUGGCGACUAUGAGUCUCUCGACUGACAUUUGAAUUUAGUUCCAAAGAGAACGCUGUUUAUGGUUGACAUUAGAUUGAAUAAUUAUGAUUUACGUUGAUGUGAUGACGUGUUUCAUAUGUGAUAAAAGCAAA